AGGAAAUCGAACAAGAAAACGAAAUCAGUCUGCCUGCACCUCGUCGUCCGUUUGGAUCAUCGAUUUGUUCGGUAAAGUUCUACACUUGUUUAUUGGAUUACGUUUCAGUUGAAGCGCAAUCAAAGAACUGGUAGUUAGUAAUUUUCCCCGCAACUUCGAUCGUCGAUUUUGUUUAUUGUUAGGUGUGCAGAGACAAAGCGUGAAAGAUCACGAAUCAAAUCACAGUUUUUAUUUAGCGUACACUUUCAACUUUCUCGUGUCAUCGUAUUACUUCCGUGAACGCGGGUGAAAUCUUCAAGAUGUGUAUGAAUUGUGGUACUAUCGUAGUAUGCUGCAUUAUUUUUGCCAUCGCGGUUGCGGUCGCCAUCUAUUACGGCGUUUUCAACGUCGAUAAGUCAGCGCCCGAGGUGGGAGAUUUUAUAAAGAAAACCGGUGACCAGAUAAAGUAUGGCAUUAAGGAUGGCAUAAAAAAGCUGGAUGAUUAGUGUCGGAACUGUGGCAUUUUGGCCGUUGACAAUACAUCACAGAUAUGUGCGCUGGUACAAUGAUACAAUUAAAUGCUGGGAUAGUGUUAAAUGUAAUAGUUUAAGAUCAUAUAAAGUCUGGCGCAUCACAUCGAACCUGACAACAUAUUUCGGUAUCAAUGUGUAAGAAAUAUUUGGAUUAACACAAUGAUUUAGCCAAGAUAAAUCGAAGUGAGUGACGAUUCUAGUGUACGUCCACAAGUAAGAUUUUAGUUUUUUUUUAUUCAAUGCAGAAUCAAAAAAUUCAGUCUUCCAUUGAAAACAUUCAAAAAUGUUUAUCGACGGUUCAUUUCAAAACCCGAUUUAUGUCCGUACGUUUGUAUCUAGCAGACUAUACAUCUCGUAACCAUAAUGAUACUGUCCAUCCUGAAUCUGAUUUACAAACGUAUAUAAUUAAUUAAAUUAUCAAAAAUAUAAUAAAAUAUACAAAGAAAAUAACUAUGACUUAUAAUCGAGUUUUUAAAUUCGAGUUUUUAUCAAUUAGCAAAAGAAAGUUCUUGGAACUUCAUAGAGAGCAGUUCAACAUGUGCCACGAAACAGCCAACUACGACAACAAUAUCCGCACGCUUAGCCUUGGGGCUCAUAGCGGUCUCGAUCAACUACUAGAUUAUAGUUGAGAGAAUUCGUUAUCGAUAUUGUUUUUGGCACAUUUUGCAUGUGUAGGAUAAGUACAACGAUACACCGUGCCCCAGUGCUGGGUCGAGAAAAUUUCCAGCUCGAAAAGUUCCUUGGACUCGAUCGGGAAUCGAACCCGAUAUCACAACCGUGUGGGAGAGCUGGCCGACCUACAUCGCUAACCACAGAGCCACGGGGACUACAGCCUACUACACUAAAUGAUAUUAAGUAAUAGACUACAAGAAGACGCCUACUCAAUUUAUUAUUUGCUGCUUCCACCGCCAAGUUGAAACACUUAAUCUUAAAGCCAACAGAUGAACGUUCUAUUCACCACGAAAGUGGAAAACACUUGAGUUUAUUAGCACACGACUAUUAGCGGCUACUGCAAGGUACUCAUUUCCGCUGCCGCGGUAAUAAUAAGUAUCAGUAACUUAACGGAGCUACGAAUAGCAACAUGUACUGGCGUUUACUACUGCUGACAUCACUGGUGACGGUCGUAUCGACCGUUCGGUUACGAUCCGAUCAACCAACCAAGGAUUGGUGGGAACACGCUGGCUUCUACCAAAUAUAUCCCCGUUCCUUCAAAGAUAGCGACCAAGACGGAAUCGGUGAUCUGAACGGGAUCACCGAAAAACUGCCAUACCUGAAGGACAUAGGAAUGCGUGGAUUUUGGCUUUCCCCAAUGUACAAAAGUCCGAUGGCCGAUUUCGGCUACGACAUAUCCGAUUUUCGAGAUAUCCAACCAGAAUAUGUUACAAUGGAUAACUUCCGCCGGCAGGUCGCCGAAGCGAAGCGACUCGGACUGAAGGUAAUACUGGAUUACGUUCCUAACCACUCGAGCGACGAACACGAAUGGUUCCUGAAGUCGGCACAACGAGUUGCGGGGUACGAGGAUUAUUACGUUUGGCGGGAUGGAAAACCCAACCCGGAUGACCCGAGCAAGCCAUUACCACCAAAUAAUUGGCUAUCUGGAUUUCGCGGAAGCGCAUGGCAAUGGAAUGAUGAGCGAAAACAGUUCUACUAUCAUCUGUUCACAGCCAAGCAGCCGGAUUUAAAUUUUCGAAACCCCAAGGUUGUGGAGGAAAUGAAAGAAAUUCUACGCUUUUGGUUAGAUUUGGGCGUAGAUGGGUUUCGGAUCGACUCGGUCGGCUGCAUGUUCGAAGUGUUACCGGACGAGAACGGAGACUUUCCCGAUGAACCACUGAGCGGAACAACACAAGACGUGGAAGAUUUCGCAUAUCUUGAGCACAUUUAUACUAUUGAUCGACCGGGAAAUGUGGAAAUGGUAUACGAGUGGAGAAAACUUUUGGAGAACUAUCGAAAAGAACAUGGUGGUGACACGAGAAUUUUGAUGACAGAAUCGUGGUCUAGUUUAGACAUAAUUAAACCGUACUUCAGGGACAUCAGAGGUAACGAGGGGGCCCAGAUGCCGUUCAAUUUCCGACUGAUCACUGAGCUGAACGCAACCUCGACGGCAUAUCAUUUCAAGAAUGUUAUUGACUCAUGGAUGGCCAUUGUUGAUGAAAAUCAUACCGCCAAUUGGGUUCUCGGAAAUCAUGAUCGCAGUCGGGUGGGCACUCGAUUCGGUGAACGACGGAUAGACGGCAUGGCGAUGGUCGAGCUUACAUUGCCGGGGGUCAGUGUUACUUAUCAGGGAGACGAAAUCGGAAUGACAGAUGUUGACAUUACAUGGGAACAAACUGUUGAUCCUGCUGGUUGUAACGAGGGAAGGGAAAAUUAUGCAGCAAAAUCACGUGACCCAGUCAGAACACCGUUUCAAUGGGAUGAUAGCAGUUUAGCUGGAUUCACAAGUGGAACGAAUACCUGGCUACCAGUGGGACCAAACUAUCUUCAGGUCAAUGUUAAAGUAGAAAGCAGUAAUCCUAAAAGCCAUCUAAAUAUCUUUAAAGCUUUGAUGGAACUUCGAGAGAGUGACACCUUUCUUUACGGGGAUUGGCGAACAAUCGCGUUCAACGAACAGGUUUUUGUAAUUGUUCGUGAUCUCCCCAGCUCCAGUACGUACAUUACCGUGGUGAAUCUGGGCAACUCAGUACAAAUCAUCAACGGAAGUCAACUAGUAAAAUAUAUCCCGAAGGCGCUGUCCUAUGCGAUCGUUGAUGGACUUUCCUCCCACAAUAUUGGAGACUCAGUGAACACCGGCAGUAUAAAACUUCAACCUUAUGAGGCAUUUGUUUUAGAAGCUAAACGUCCCGCAGAUCGGAUGGUGCGAGCCGUAAUUUGUGAUCGCUGGUUAAACUUUUAGCUAAAAAAUCACGAGUGCCAGAUUGUAUAAUAUAAUAAUAGACAGAAAAAUUAAA